CACAGCUCUCCCCAUGUGGAAAUGGGGAUGGUCAUACCCACAACAAGUUCUGACUGUGCCAGGUCAUUCUCUCCAAACAAGAAGGAUUUCUUAAGGAUUAACUUUUCUUUCCUCAUACCUUUCCAGGCUCCUGCUCUGCAGCACCAUGCUGGAUCCCAAGCCUCACUCCACAAGCCAGAGGUGAGUCCAGGUGAAAGCCAGCUACCACAGUAGUGUCAGGAUGACCAAAGCACGGCUCCUCCGUCUGUCUGUGGUGCUGGUCUCCAUCUUCAUGAUCCUCCUGAUCAUUGUGUACUGGGACAACGUGGGCACAGCUCACUUCUACCUGCACACAUCCUUCUCCAGACCCCACUCCCCAGGCGCCAUCGCAGCAGGUGAGGACUGGGAAACUUUGCCAGAUGUAGAUGAAUUUUUAGCAAAGCUGCUGAGCUCAAGUCUGAAACAGAACAGCUCUAUCCCCCGAAAGACAGAGCAGCUCCUCGUCCAGGGCUCCAACAAGCCUGUGGUGAGUAACUUGGAGGAGAACGUGCGGGGCUAUGACUGGUCUACACACAAGGACAGGACCAGCUUGGACCAAGAGAAGCUCCAGGUAGAGAGGCAGAGAACAUUGCGUGAGUUUUGUGCCAAUUCCAGCUUCACCUUCCCCACCAAGGAGCGCUCCUUCGAUGACAUUCCCAACUACGAGCUCAACCACCUGAUUGUGGAUGACCGCCACGGCGUCAUCUACUGCUACGUGCCCAAGGUGGCCUGCACCAACUGGAAGCGUGUGAUGAUCGUGCUGAGUGAGAGCCUGCUGGACCAGGGGGUGCCCUACAGGAACCCUCUGGAUAUCCCCCGCGAGCACGUCCACAACACCAGCACCCACCUGACCUUCAACAAGUUCUGGCGCCGCUACGGGAAGUUCUCGCGGCACCUGAUGAAGAUCAAGCUGAAGAAAUACACCAAGUUCCUCUUCGUGCGAGACCCCUUCGUCCGCCUCAUCUCCGCUUUCCGCAGCAAGUUCGAGCUGGAGAACGAGGACUUCUACCGGCGUUUCGCCAUCCCCAUGCUGAAGCUCUACUCCAACCACACCAACCUUCCCACCUCCGUCAGCGAGGCCUUCGGGGCGGGCCUCAAAGUCUCCUUUUCUGACUUCAUCCAGUACUUACUGGAUCCCAGGACAGAGAAGAUGGCCCCAUUCAAUGAGCACUGGAGGCAGGUUUACCGUCUGUGCCACCCGUGCCAGAUAGACUAUGAUUUCAUCGGGAAGCUGGAGACGCUGGAUGAGGAUGCUGCUUAUUUACUGCAGCUCCUCAAAGUGGACAGGCUGCUUCGCUUCCCACCCAGCUACCGAAACAGGACUGCCAGCAGCUGGGAAGAUAACUGGUUUGCCAAAAUCCCACUGGCUUGGAGGCAGCAGCUCUACAAGCUUUAUGAAGCUGAUUUUGUACUCUUUGGCUACCCCAAGCCAGAAAACUUGCUUAAAGACUGAGAGUGAUUGGGCAGUGGGUGUGGGAGGGAACAUCUGAAAUACCAAAAAUGUUUCAAUCCUCCUCGUUUUUGCUCUAAACUCCCUUCCCAAUGCAAGUUGGUACAAUGGAAUAUAUUUUUUCUACUGCUUCCCCUUCCAUUUUUACAAUAAUGCCAGAGUCCAGGGUAUUACAGCCAGCUCUGCAUAUGCAAAAAAUGCCUUUUUUUUUGGAUUAUCAUUUGUUUUCUGUUUUUUAAAAUGCCCCCAUACUUUGCAAUGGGUUGCUGCCCUUGGUCACUCUGCCAAUCAUGUCCUUCAGUAGCUUUUUAUUAAUACUUUUUAAAAAUUAAUAUAUUUAAGAUAUUUAAAACAAAGCGUGUGUCAUGGCAAAGGAAGGGAAGGAAUAAAAAAAAAGUAAAAGAAAACCCCAAGAAAUUAUGUACCUGCCUCUGUGUGUUGUCUCAGGGCUGCCGUUUCAGAGGUCCAAGGUUUGCAGAGCACUUGGAUGGGAUGGUGGUGGUGGUGGCUGCUGGUGGUCACUCCAAGAUGGGCUUGAGGCAGUGGGAUGGGUCAGUGCCUGACUCUGCCUAACAGGCCUGGAAGAACACCCUGAAGGAUCUGACUCACACUGCUCACAGGUGUGGAGUGUGACACCAGGGUCACAGGAAGGAAAUGGCAUUGGGAGCAGUGACAGCAAGUCCUGUGGGGUGUUUUGGGGCAUGCAGGUGGCCAACACAGCACCUCUGCACUGCCUGACCUUUUGGCAAAGCACUGUGGGGCUCUGCUGUCCACAAAGCUGAGCUUCAGCCCCUAUACCUUGCUAGUGUGGAGCAUUCCCAUGCCUUGUCCCAUUCCAGGAGGGUGGGGAUGUUCCUAGGGGUUGUGUCCUCAUCAUCCCUGUGCACGCUUUAAGGGAACGUGGCAGGGUUGUAAAUGCUUAUCCCAGGGAGAAGAAGAUCCUAAAGGUUUCUUUAAAUAAGCAGAUGUCAAGGUCAACUCAAAGUUUUUCUGUUUUCAGCAUUCCAGCUACUGCUCGUGACACCACAUCCUCAUCUGCUGCCUUUCUGCUUAUUCCAAAUGGCUGAUGCAGAUUUGAUCAUCUGCCUUGCUGGGACCUGCUGCAGGAGUGAUGGUUCCCACUGUGCUGGGAGCAUGUGGGCUGCUUCCCAAAGGAAAUUAAUGCCUUUAGAGACUUUUUGUGUCUCAUCAGCUGAAUCUGCUUCUCUUUCUCUCUCUGAAUUGCUCUGCAAAAACUGUUUGCUUAGCAGAUUAGGCAGGCAACUCUUUCAGAGCUGAAAUGCCUAAUUAUUUCCCUGGACUGUAGAUGGUAUUGGUGAUUAAGGUCCAAGGUCAGGCCUUGGGAGACAGCUCUGUGUUUUGGGGAGACUUCUUUGUGUUGGCUUUUUACUCAGUUUCUCUCCAAGGCCAUCAGCAGUCGUGAUUUUUCCUCUCUCUUUCUCCCCUCACUUCCCCAAUUUCUGCACAAGUACAUCUGGGCACUCCAUGCUCUUUCUAAUAAAUGUGCUGUAUCAAGCUUUAUAACCUAUAAAUGAGAGGUAAUUGCUGGUAGUUAGACUCAAAACAAAGGGUUUGUUUCUCCUUGUACUCACACCACUCUCCUGUAAUUUGUGCAGAGAAAUUUGCAGUUUAAAUGAGCCUGAAGCCGUCGUCAGGGUCUUGGUGCUUUGCUCCUCAUAGCUUGGGGGAAAAGGAAGUGCCUGCUUCUGAGUCAUUAUUUAAAACUAAUAAUAGGAAAGUGUUGAUCUAUUCAAUUUUUUCCCCAGUUAACAGUUAAUUGCUGCAAAACAGAGAGAUGUGGAGUCUCGUCUCCUGUAAUGAGUAAUCCCGGGAGUCUCUUGAUUCCUGCUACAUUUACAUUUCUUCAGGGUGGGUUCAUCCCUCUCUUCAAAAAACACAGUGUGGAUGUUUUCAUCUCUUGUCUUUUCAAAGUGUUUAUUUUUUCCUCUUUUAAUUUCCAUGUAAUUGAUAUUUAGUAUGUGCAGGCAUGGGGGGCUGGGGCCAAAGCACAGAUGCUGUGUGAGCUUCCCACCAGCUGCUUCCCCUGCUCUGGUCCUCUCUCUUCCUGCCCUUCUGAGCAGUGCUUGGCUGCUGGAUCCCAGUGCCACCCUGCAAACCAGCUGCUGCCUCCCCAGCCACACUUGUCCUGUGAUUCCUGGCCACAGCCUGUCCCAGGAACAUCUUCUCAAGGUCACUGGCUGGCAGUCAUCCAGGCCAGGGGAGGAAUGGUUUGCAGUGUGACCAUUUUUGGCAGCAAGGUCCUGGUUGUGCAGUGGGCAGACAAGGUGCAAAAUGGCUGCAAAAGCUGCCCAGCAGCUGCUCUGUGUGGUGUGAGAGUUUAUCCUCUCCAUGUGGCUGCCUUGUGAUUUAAUAGCCAUAGAAGAAGAAGGUUUUUCCAAGGCUCCCUUGCUGACACUGGCUAGACAGGAGAGACUUGGAACACACUGAUUCCUCUUUCCACAUCCAAAGCUGGAUGAAGUGAGUGAAUUCCAGCUUUAUGUGCUAACACCACUCUGCAUCACACUGAGGUCCAAAACAGCCCAUGUGUGAGGCUGAGCAAGCUGCCUGGCAUCCCAAUGGCUCCAUCAGCCUCCCUGGAACUGCAGGCAGGAGAAUGUACAGAUGGCAUGAGGCCACUGAGGGCCUUGUGUUCCCUACUUUCCCUUUUUCAUCUCACCAAGUCCAGCCUUUACUGACAUCUUAGACAUUUUAGUGCUUGCACAACUGUCCCCAACCAACAUGCUGGGAGCUCUUGGCUCUCUCCUCAUUUUCCAUUGCCAUGCUUCAAAGCUCUUCCCGGGAGGAGCAGUAAAACUCGGAUGGGGAGUGUUCAUGUUGCAGUGGUUGGCUUCUGGAUUCAAAAUAACUUGUUCCUUGCUGCUCCUCCCUUUUGAAGCUCUUCUUCCCCACCCUGCCACCACUGUGAAUGUAUUGUUAAGAAGUCAAAGGGGAUCCAGGCUGUGCUGAGCUUUGUGGUAAGACCACUGGGUUGCCAGAACUGGGAUGUAGCCUCUGGCUUUGGAAAUGUGCAUUUUUUGUGGGUUUCUUGCUCUGUUCUCAUGAUGUGAAAGUGUGUAUGUGGGGGGGAGAAGGACAAAGAGUUCAACCAGCCAUGCUUCCUUCCCCCUGGUUUCGUAAAGGAGUUGGAAUUUGGUAUUUGACAAAUAACGGCAGGCAGAAUGCAUCCGUGCCGGCCUGAAGUCAGCAGAGGGCUAAAAAUCCUGGAAUGUAGAUGGAUAUGAUGCUCAUAUCAGUUUCAUGAGGGCUGGAAAAUGCUUUGAAGCAGGCUAUUUGUGUCUGAAUAAACCUGGCUUUGUCAUUUCA